AUGGUGCAUAUCGGCAUGCCCAGGUCGCGGGUGUACAUGGCCGGAGCUCCUGGAGGAGGUACCAUCGCGGCUCCUGCCCAUGGCUUUAUUGCACAAUGCCUUGGGAAGAGCUGGACCAUGUCGUUCUUGGAAGCCAAGAGCAUUGACGAGGUUGUCGAUACGUUCCGAGCGCCGGAAUUUGCAGGUGGCAUUGUGACUAUGCCCUGGAAGAAGAACAUUAUCCCUCACCUGGACUACGUCGACGAUAUCGCGUUAACCCUCGGUGCAUGCAAUCACGUCUCAGUGAACGACGACGGCACUCUGCAUGGAACGAACACUGAUUGGAUCGGGGUCAGGGACGCUCUACUAGAGGCACAAACGUCGUCUUCCAUUGUCGCUGGGCGAAGAGGACUGAUUAUUGGGGCAGGCGGCGCGGGUCGAGCUGCGGUGUAUGCCCUAACGAGCCUGGGCUGCAAAGAUAUCUACGUCGUCAACCGAGAUGCUGGCGAGGUUGACGGACUUGCGCAGGACGUGCAGAAUUACGAGGCGGCGAGUCGACCUAAUAUUACGCACAUACAGACUGUUCAGCAAGCUCAAGGCCUCUUUCCUCCGCAUUAUAUUGUCGGCACCGUUCCGGAUUUCGAGCCGUCAACUGCAUCGGAAAUCGAGGCUCAGAGCGUCUAUGUGGAGUUUUUAAGCAAAGAGAGACCUGACCAGUCAGUCAUGCUUGACAUGUGUUACCACCCACUACAGACACGCAACCUCCGGCUCGCGCAGCAGUAUGGAUGGCCCACCGUUGACGGAGUGCAGGUCGUUGGACAUCAACUGAAAGCUCAGUGGAAGCCAUGGACCGGCCGCGAACUGGAGGAAGAGCAAGAAAAGGCCGCAUGGGAGAUCUUGCGGAGGUGUGCACUGUCAGAUCCGACGGUCACUCCUCGGGAAGCGAAUCCCUGA